UGAAAUCUCAAGUGAUACUAUUAUGAGUAAAGUCUUAAACGAUACCAAUGCAAUUCUUACCAGUGACAAAAAACGAGGAAGACCAGAAGAUACCAUAUGGAAACAUAUGAACAAGACUCGUUUGGGUGAUGGUCAUAGCAAAGCACAGUGCAUAUAUUGCAAAAAAGAAUGGGCUCGAGGAAAAAUCGAUGAACUAAAAUUGCAUUUAGCAAAAGAAUGUCUAAAAUCAUUUUUCAACUUAAAAAUAAGCUAUUUUGAAGAAUUG